AUGGUUGAUCCGGCAAAUGAUCCUAACAACCGCCCCAAAGUUCCUGAUGGCUACAAAGCUGUGUUUGACCAAAAGUACAGCACGUGGUUUUACGUCGAUUUGGCAACUAAACAAUCUCAAUGGGAGCCGCCGGUCGGAACCCGCUUCGAAGAGGAAGCAACUCCACCAAGUGGUUCACCACCUCCACCAAGCUAUAGCAGUACCAACCCAAAAGACAGCGGUAAGAAAAGCUCUGGACAGAAUAGGAGCAAUAAGGGCAAUUUUGCUCCACAGCAAGAGCAGUUCUACCCCCAACAGCCAAUGUAUGGACAACCUUACCCUCAACAACCGAUGUACGGCCAACCCUACUAUCCGCAGCCUAUGUACGGUCAACCAUAUCCUCCACAGCCAAUGCAAGCGCAGCAGCAGCAAAGACAAGGCCGUAUGGGAGGUAUGGCCCCAAUGCUUGGGGGUAUGGCUCUUGGUACAAUGGGAGGUAUGAUGGUAGGUGGCAUGAUGGCCAAUAAUUAUCAUCAGGAUGUCAAUGAGGCCGCUGCCCAGCAGAACGAUUAUGGAGGAGGCGACUUUGGAGGUGGUGAUUUCGGAGGUGGUGAUUUUUGA